AAUUUGUAAACUAAAACCUCAAAUCUCACUCUCACACUUCCUCGAAAUCAUCUCUCAUGGCGGAUUGCAUCUUGGAGCAGCUCAAAUCUCAGCCCACAUGGCUUCUCCUCCUCUUCUCCCUCGGCUCCUUCUCUCUCCUCAAACUCUCCAUCUCCUUCCUCAAUUGGGCCUACGUCAAUUUCCUCCGCCCCGCCAAAAAUCUCAAGAAAUACGGCUCCUGGGCUUUAAUCACGGGCCCCACCGACGGCAUCGGCAAGUCCUUCGCAUUCCAGCUGGCGCGAAAAGGUCUCAACUUGGUUCUAGUGGGGCGAAACCCUAGCAAGCUCGAGGAGGUCGCGGGCGCGAUUAAAUCCAAAUUCGGGGCGAUUCAGAUCAAGACGGUGGUGGUGGACUUCUCGGGCGAAUUGGACGACGGGGUGUCGAGGAUUAAGGCGGCGAUCGAGGGUUUGGAUGUGGGUUUGCUGAUUAACAAUGUUGGGGUUUCGUAUCCGUACGCGCGAUUCUUCCACGAGGUGGAUGAGAAGCUGCUGAAUGAUUUGAUUAAGGUGAAUGUGGUGGGGACCACGAAGGUGACGCAGGCGGUGCUGCCUGGGAUGGUGGAGAGGAAAAAGGGGGCGAUUGUGAAUAUUGGCUCCGGUGCUGCUAUUGUUAUUCCUUCUGAUCCGCUUUACUCUGUUUAUGCUGCUACUAAAGCGUACAUUGAUCAGUUCUCAAGAUGUCUUUACGUUGAGUACAAGAAGAGUGGAAUUGACGUACAGUGUCAGGUACCGCUCUAUGUUGCCACAAAGAUGGCAUCAAUCAGAAGGUCGUCUUUCUUCGUUCCAUCAGCAGACGGUUAUGCUCGUGCAGCUCUGCGUUGGAUAGGCUAUGAACCCCGUUGCACUCCUUACUGGCCGCACACCCUCCUCUGGGCUGUGGCGAAUUCAGUGCCUGAGUCAGCCAUUGAUGCUUGGCGUCUCAAGUUCUGCCUCGCCAUUAGAAAGCGAGGACAGCUCAAGGAUUCGAGGAAAAAGGAGUAGAAAGCCGUUCUAUCUCUACGUUUCAUUCUUUCAUUUCCACACUCAUCAACUAUGAAUGUUGUCUAAGAAAUUAGUUAUUUGUGUAACUUAUAUGUAACUUUCUUUGCUUAGAACUUGGAUGUAUUUUCUCAUUUUUCUUGAAAAAUUCUUAGUGUGUACUACUAUGGAUCUUAGUGUGUGUCCGUGUUUAACGUGGACUGAUGAAAUGAAAUACGAGACGAAGCUUAUGAUUCUAUUGAAA